AUGUGCGCGGACAGAGUGGAUUACAUCGCGCCCUGGUGGACCUACUGGCUCCACAACUUCCCCCACAUCAACCUAAGACUCCAGCCCGAGGACAGCGCCUUCCGCCCGGAGAGACCCGAGUACCAGCAGACCCUGGUGUUCUUCGGCUGCCUCGCUGCUUCCUGCCUUGGCCUGAAUCUCCUUCUUUUGGCUGUGUACCUGAGCUGCCUCUGCUGCUGUGGAUCUGAAGACCAGGAUGAGCAGGAGGACCAGGAUGAGAAGAGGCCGAGGAGCUGCUGCGUCACCUGGACCGCUGUGGUGGCCGGACUGCUGACCUGUGUCGCCGUAGCCGUGGGUUUCUACGGUAACAGCGAGACCAACGAUGGCGUGUACCAGGUGACCUACUCCAUGUACAACGCCAACCACACGCUGGGAGGAGUGCAGAGCCUGGUCACCAGCACCAUGGCGUCCCUGCGCUCCGGUCUCCAGCAGCGUCUGGAGCGCCUGGAUGAAAUCUUCUCCACCAGAGGAGACUUUGUGCAGUCUCUGAAGUUCAUGCAACAGAUGACCGACUCUGUGGUCAGACAGCUGCUAGGACUGCCGGACUGGGCCAGAGCCGAGAUGGACCUAAGCGAGGUGGCUCAGAGAGCGGCCAGUGCAGAGUACUACAGGUGGCUGAGUUACCUGCUGCUGCUGAUCCUGGACCUGCUCCUCUGUCUUCUGUCCUGUCUGGGUUUGGCAAAACAGUCACGCUGGCUCCUCACCACGAUGAUGGUCUGUGGAGUCCUUGCCCUGAUCUUGAGCUGGGCAUCUCUCGGAGCAGAUCUGGCAACUGCAGUGGGCACCAGUGACUUCUGUGUGGCCCCUGACCAGUUCCUCAUGAGUCAGACUCAGGGCAUCGUCGGAGGUGAUAUCGUCCACUAUUACCUCUACUGCAACCAGACGCUGACCAACCCUUUCCAGCAGCCGCUGGCGAUCUUCCAGAGGUCCAUGACCACGAUGCAGAUGCAGAUCCAGGGAAUGCUCCAGUUCGCUGUCCCCCUGUUCCCCACCGCAGAGAGAGACCUGUUAGGGAUCCAAAAGGUCCUGAAUUCGUCUGAAUCCAGUCUGCACCAGCUCACAGCUCUGUUGGACUGUCGGGGUCUCAACAAGGACUACAUAGAUGCCAUGUUUGCAGUGUGUUAUGAUGGAGUAGAAGGCCUCCUCUACCUCAGCCUCUUCUCUCUGCUCUCUGCUGUGGCCUUCACCCUGAUGCUGUGUGCGGUGCCCAGAGCCUGGAGACAGAUCAGCAGCAGGGAGCGAGAGUACGGAGACAUGGAUGAGGAGGAUCCAUUUAACCCCAGAGCGAGGAGAACGAGCCCCUGUGUCCCACACAACAACCUGCAGAGUCUGUGCAGCUACAGCAGCAGCCAGAGCAGCCUCCACCGCCCUGCUGCUGCUACUGCUGCUGCUGCUGCUGCUGCUGCUGCUGCUGCUGCUAAUACUGCUACUAAUACUACUGCAGGGCCUAUGGCUGAGUACAUGAACCACACGGCUCUGUUUGGAGGAACUCCACGGUACGAGAACGUUCCUCUGAUCGGACGCGGCUCUCCUCCGCCCUGCGUUUUCCCACAGCAGUUUAUGAGCAGAUAUUCCCCAACGAUGCGCGCCACGUAUCUCUCUAUGACCGAGGAGCCGAGACUCUUCCACACGGACAACGGUACGUGCGCUCUUCUGUGUCCCAACAAACUCACUCAGAUCGGGGGACGAGGCUGGAGUGUGCCCGGGGAAAGAGUGCCAAGGAGCGGGCGAACUUCUCUUCCCGGGGUUAGUCAUCCAGACCUAACGACCGGAGUGUGUCUGGGAGGAGAGAUGGAGCGGUCAUCCAAACGCCCGACUAACGACUGGAGUGUUCCCGGGAAAAGCACCUCGACACUGCGCACGAGGCGUCCGUUGUACGGAUCAUUCACACGACACGUGAUUCCAGAGGUGUCACAUGGUCAGGACCACACUGCCCAGUUCCCCCCGGAGAGAAGCGGCUCUAGUCCGGUCACACCAGAGAAACAGGUCCUGUUCCAAGUGUUUUCCAAACUGCGUUGA